UUGCGUGUUCCUUUGGCCAACAGUAACCGCGACACGCGCCCUAUACACCACACGUGCGUAGUAUUUGAAAACACGACAUAAAAGAAAGCCGACCGUUUGUUCAAGUGUCAGUUGAUAAUAUAUAGUGUUAUUGUUUUGACGUUAUAACCGAAGGAGAAGAAAUAGAAAAAGUUAGCCAAAGUCACCAUGGUGUCGCAGCUGUUUUAUAGUUACGGUCACUUUUGUUGCCGACAUCCUUGGGAGGUUAUUGUAACUUUCUCAACUCUUACUAUUUGUAUUCUCUCAAUGGGACCAACAUUUGGUGAAAGGAACAGUAGGUGUAGAUGGAGCUAUCAGUGUCCCCCUAUUGAGACACCACAUAAAGACUUGGAUGUUGUGUUAUUGACCGUAACUCGGUGUAUGGCAGUUCUUUAUGUGUACCAUCAGUUUCGAAAGUUGUACAGGUUGGGAUCAAAGUACUUAAUUGGUAUUUCUGGCCUCUUCACGGUGUUUUCAAGCUUUGUUUAUUGCACCAGUAUCUUAAAGUUUUUUAAGGGUAACUUCUCCGAAUUGAAUGAAGCUUUGCCCUUAUUUCUUCUUCUUGUUGAUUUAUCAAAAGCAGCUCUGCUGGCUCAGUUUGCCCUCAGCUCUGCUUCACAGGAGGAGGUGUGUGAGAAUAUUGCUAAAGGAAUGGCCGUUCUCGGACCACCGAUAACUCUAGAUACCUUAGUUGAAACCCUUGUAAUUGGAGUUGGGACUUUGUCAGGGGUAAAAAAACUUGAAGAUGCGUGCUGUUUUGCUGUUCUUUCUGCACUUGUUAAUUACGUUGUUUUCAUGACAUUUUUUCCUGCUUGUCUUUCCUUGGUGUUAGAAUUGUCCAGAAAUCGAGGUGAAAAUCAUCAUACCUGGCAUCUGAGUCAUGUAAGAAAAAUGUUACAGCAAGAAGAGGAACAGAAACCAAAUCCUGUUCUUCUCCGUGUCAAGGUCAUCAUGUCUGCUGGUCUGGUACUGGUUCACCUUCACAGCCAUUGGCCUAUAAUGACAAAACAGUGUCCUGUUGUUGAACAACAUGCAAACAUUGUUAAAGGAAGUUUCCUGUCUGACCACGGCUUGCUGGACAAUAGCUCCACUUUUGAAGUCUUUUACAGGUGGUUUUCUGUUAGUCUGGAACAACUAGUUAUGAUCAUCCUGGCAUCUGCUUUAGCUGUAAAAUAUAUAUUUUUUGAGCACAGAGAAGACAUUCAAGAGAGAAUUGCUGUGGCUACCGGCACGCGUCCCUCUGGGGGACUUGAGAGAAAUAAAAGUGUGACUGACUCUACUCCUUCCACUCCUGGGGUUUCUUUCUACAGACAGACAAGCUGCUUGCCAAACAUUGGUAGUCCAAUGUCACCAGGUUGCUUUCAACCCUAUAUAUCGCCCGGGGUGUCAUCCUUUACCGGCUUUCCUACUUCACCUUUCUCCUAUAGUGCCAGCUUUCCUACUUCACCUUUCUCCUACAGAUCCUUUUCAUUUACUGUUGGUGAGGAGGAGCAGGAAAAACAACAUGUAAACAAAGAAGUCCAGACAGAUGUAGUUGAAGAUACUGAAACAAGUGUGGUUUGUCUCCCCGUGAAACCUCGUUCUAUCGCUGAUUGUGUUGAUAUACUAAAGUCCACGGAAGGCCCACAGAAACUAACAGAUGAAGAAAUACUCAUACUUGUGGAACACAAGUACAUUGCUCCAUACAAACUAGAAUCUGUCCUGAAUAAUCCUGAAAGGGGUGUACACAUUCGACGUCAACUUGUUACCAAGUCUUCCAACUGUAGCAGUGGGUUGAAUGAUCUUCCAUAUGAACAUUAUGAUUACUCUUUGGUAAUAGGUGCAUGUUGUGAAAACAUAAUUGGUUAUGUACCAAUUCCAGUUGGAGUUGCUGGCCCACUAGUACUGGAUGGAAAGAAAUACCAAGUUCCCAUGGCAACCACAGAAGGAUGUUUAGUUGCAAGUGCUAACAGAGGCUGUAGAGCAUUGGCUAACCUUGGUCGAAGGUAA